GUGAUUUUAAUAUUAGAAGCGAUCGCUAACUGCGAAGGAAAUUACUUUCGGUAGCCUGUUAAUCCUUUUGCAGAGCUCACAAUGGCAAUCGAUAGAAAACUUUCCCUGGUGGCUUUUUUGUGUGGAUUACUCUGCAUCGCUGGAGCCAGUUCAAGAAACAAGACCGUGUCUGAAAUUCUUGACAAACUCUUAAUGAAGGGAAACUACGACUCCAGGUUAAGACCCCAUUAUAACGGUGGGCCUGUGGAUGUCACUGUAGGCUUCUGGGUUCUGUCAAUUGAUGCAAUUAAUGUGAUGGAUAUGGACUUUUCGCUAGACAUCUUUUUGCGUCAAGCGUGGCAAGACGAGCGACUUGAUCACGGCCUCAGUCAGACCAUGUUUCUAAGCAACUUUGUGAUGGAUCGCAUCUGGAUGCCAGACUCGUAUUUUGUGAACGCUAAGCAAGGCUCUUUCCAUAAAGUCACCACAGACAACGUAAUGAUCAUGAUCAAACCAGGAGGGAUGGUUUACUACAACGCCAGACUGACGAUAAAAGCGGCCUGUCCCAUGGAUCUAAGAAAGUUUCCCAUGGACACUCAACAUUGUCCUUUAACAAUUGAGAGUUACGGCUACAGUGCUGACCACAUCAGAUUCAGAUGGGAGAAGGACCUUACAGACGGAAUGUCAUUUGUGCCCGGCAGCACCAAAAUGCUGCCUCAAUACCGAUUAACUCAGCUGAGUCUGGCAAAGACGUACAACGAAUAUGUGGUUGGCGACUGGUCGGGUAUAAAGGCAACAUUUACUUUUGAGCGAAUGUCCAGUUACUUCCUAAUCCACGUGUAUGGCCCAUGUGCAUUAAUCGUUAUCAUCUCUUGGAUCACUUUCGUGCUGCCCCGCAGCUCUCCUCCUGCACGUGUCACACUGGGCGUUACCUCUGUCCUUACUGUUGUCACCAUUCUUAAUUUGCUCAACAAUUCCAUGCCAAAGGUGAAUUAUGUCAAAACCAUCGACAAAUACCUCAUCGGAUGUUUUCUUUUCGUAUUCGCAAGUUUGAUAGAAUAUUCACUGGUGCUGUUUCUGGCCAGAAGUAUGAAAAAAUAUCAAGAAUCGGACAAGGACAAGAAAAACAAUGAAAAAGACAUCACAAAGGGUGCUUGUAGUAACAGAACAAUCAGUAAUGGGACUGUCGCCCUUUCAGGGAGACAUAAGCAAGAAAAGAUCUGCAGCCCCCAACUGGAGAUGGUGGAAUUUGCAAAAAUGGAGCAAGAGCUAAUGAUAAGGGAUUCUCCAGAAGAUAAGAGUGAGGAAAGCAAAUGGCUGUGCCUCGAGAAAUGGAGAAAUAAUUUGUACACAGAGGCCAGUGUUCUGGCAAUAGACGAAAUUUCUCUUGUACUAUUUCCAGUCAGUUUUGGCAUUUUCAACCUCAUCUAUUGGACUUCUAUCGCCAAUGAUACAGUACUGUAAUGGUUUGGGCUGUUCAAAGCUUUCUUUUUAUUUUGUCUCGUUAUUUUGUCCUCUUAAGGGAGCCUUUGUUGAACAAGGAAAAUAACUGAUACAAGCGAACAAGUCAAGACUCCUGAGGAGCCUACUUAAUCACUACCGCCAGAGUUUACCUCCGAUUUCGUGGCAUGAAACAACAAAGAGUAAGAACAACUCCUCCUUCGAUAGGCCGUUAGUUUGUUGCAUGCUUCCCCCAGUAUUUACUCACUUUUCCUUGACAGUUUGCUUGAAUCUCUCCUCAUCUUUGGGUCAGAGCUUCCGACCUUCCGUCAGAGUUCCAACCUUCCGUCAGAGUUCCAACCUUGCUUCUUAUCGCACGUGGGUGGUUUUUAGUAAAAAUAAAUCAGAUUGCAAAAUGUUGGGCUAAGAAUUCAUUUUGAUCAUACCAAACGCUUGAGAUUUAAUGAUAUUAUGUCGAUUUAUUCGUCUAGGAGGACGGAGCCUCAGCAAAGAUAUACUUUAAGCUGUUAUUACAUACAUGAACCUUUGAUUGAUGACAUGGUUACACUAAACAACCCGAAAUAUGUGCAAUAGGUCUUUUAUCGUAUUUCCUCUUAAUCCUGUUAAAUUUCAUUCAGACUUAAGUAAGAGAUCCUAAAAUUUAAAGGGCGAAAUUUAUAGAAUAAGGAGGACUGUUUUAGGUUGUAAUUUUAGGUAAAUAAACUGAUCUUUUCGUCAUUUUGAAGCCAGUCAACUGUUUCUUAUAAAUGAAAAAUUUGGGUUUUCUCUAGCCACAGGGUAAGAUCACUCCCUACACUGACAAAGAAAAAGCAAACACUUACUCGUAGAGUCGUAUCUACAACUAAGAAAACAUUACGUAAAUAAACAUAUAGCACUAUCGACAUAAUUUGAAUAAAAAAGGGUUUACGUUA